UCCGCUGGCGGUUGUCUGAGUGAUUUGAGUUUUGUGUUGGAUGUUUAGCAGACGUGUGUUUGUCCGGAUUCAUUAAAAUCAGAUUUACUUUAAUUUGUCCUUACUGUCGCUUUCAGUUGGUGAUCCGCAGUGGAUUCAUCUGAGUGCUAUGAGUCCAGUGUGUGAUGAUGGCGUCUGAAAACGGUCUGAUGUCGCCUGAGUCGAGCGUCACGUCACUACUGGCCACAUCAGGACACCUGCAGAGCUCUUUACAUCCGGAGCCCGUCCCCACCAUCAAAUACAGGGACAAACACUACGUCUCUGCGUCAGAGGCGCUGGACGCCUACAUCACUGAUUUCCAGAGGAGUCUGCGGGACUCUGACACAACAACGGGGAAACUUGAGCUGCCCAAAGAGAUUUCAAAUCCUCAUCCCAGAAACAGAGACGUACUGAAGACGAGUUUGACGGAUGGAGAGCUGAACUUCUUGAACAUUCCCGUCCGGAAAAGAGACUCGGAUCGGCUCAGUAUGACCACCGACGACCUCCUGGCUCUCCCAAAUGACGGCUCUCUCCCCGUGACCCGCACCUCGGCCCUCCUCUCCCGCUCUGGGAGCUUUCCCUUGGGACUGAGCUUUAACUCCAGCUCCCGGUCACACUCUCGGCCCGUUAUGGCUCACAAACGCUCCACACGGCGUCCCGUCCCACCAUCCCUCCCUGUGGACAAUUUACUGAUGGCUGGUUUGCAAUCACACCAUCAGACUCCUCCUCCCAACGUCCUGCAAGCCAAUCGGACGCUUCCAACUGACACGCCCAGAUCCGGUUUUCUCCCGCGCUGGAUGACCAGCCAGAAAUCCGAAAUGGAUUUUUCCGGGGUGACCAGCGUUCCUGAGCUGAAGUAUCCGGUGUGGCUGAAACAGUGUGAAGAAUCUUCAGACGGCCAGCAGAGCGACCGUCCCCUUCCUCCCAGAGUUCCCUCAUGGAUUGGAGAACUGGAGGAGUCCAGUGGAGAACGGCAGUCGGACACUAAAGGUCAGCGAGAUGUCAAAGGUCACGUAGGAGAGCAGUUUGGAUCCCAGUCCAUCGGUCAGUGCAGUCUGAGAGAUCUGCGUUUACAGUUUGAACAGAAACUUCAGGCAGCGAAGACAGGACAGAUUCAUGAAGGACAACCUUUCAAAGAUGAUAAGAUUGGUUCUUUGAUCUUAAGAGCCGAGCAGAUGUUAAACUCGCCUUCUCUUGGUCUCUAUGAGCCGGUGAAGGAGCACAACAAUUCAGGAGAUACGGAGGACGCUCUGGACGCAGACCGAUCCUGGGACAAUCCACCUGUGACGUUUAAAUCUCCAGUUCCAGUGGGUGGCGCUGAUGAGCCUCCAGGGCCUGAAGAACUUCAGAGGAGCAAGUCUGCAGCUUCCUGUUCAUCAGGAUACAGCAGCAGGAAGCAUCCGGGUCCGGUGGAGGCGCUCAAACACAUGCUCUUCCGCCUACAGGCCGUCGAACACAAGAUCAGCCAAUCAAAUGCGUCCAAUGACGUCAAAACCGCUGCAACUUCAGCCGCACAGCUGGAAAGGGACACACCAGAGCCGGUUCCUCAGCAGGAAACAGACCUGGGGAAUGUGGAGUCAUUAGAGAGGUCAGGAGGCUCAUGUGACCUCAGUGAAGCAGCAUUGAUCACAUUUAACUCUCUGGGGUCUGAGAGCUCUUCAUCACCUGGACAGACUGAAAACACUUGUGGACGACAUGAACGUGAGGAAGGCCAGAGCAGAGCAUGAUGGGACAGCUGAUAUCACAGACUGGGCCAGAAUUAAUAAAUGCUUGUGAAACAGAAAUCACAGAUGUGUGAUUGAUCAAAUUAUCUUAAAAAGCUGAUUACUGCUUUACAGACUGUUUUUCUUUAAAACCUCAUUUAAGAUAAAAAAUGUAAAUAAACUAUAAAGUAAAGCUGUUUCAAAGGGCACAUGCGUUUACCAGCAUGUAAUCUAAUCAUUCAGUGUUUGUCUAAAGUGUGUUUACAUGUAGGUCAUUUAGUUUUGUAUUGUUGUUUUGAUCACUGACUGGAUCAAUAAUAUAUGAGAACACUAAU